AUGAACUGGGAGUCUUAUGCCAAGUUCCGCCAAUGGUCAACGACCGAUGCUGAUGCGGAAACAAGUUCGGACGACGAUGUGGCAGGCAACCCGCACACGGAGGAAGGUUUGAUGAGAGCGUUCGUCUUUUUGCAUGAGCGGCGGUCGAAGGCGGAUCUGGCGCUGAAGGAGCUUGGCCUUGCAGAUGCGUUUUCUGGCGCGGAGCCACCUUCCGACAACAUCGAAAGCUUCCAGCUCCGAGAAGGCCUAGUGCACGAAUACGACGACAUAUGCUCACGCAUAUUGCUCAUGGAUGGGGCAAGGGAUGAGAAACAAAUCCGCUUGAUGGGUCAUGCUGUUGAAGUGUCACAUUGCAGGUAUGCAGCGGGAAAGAUUGCAUAUUCUUGCCGGCUAUACGGUCUGGCCAUGGAACGUUCAUCCCAAGCUGUGUGGGUGUGCGAAGCGGCUUUAGAACACAAUUCCUCCCAACAGCAGUUUGCCAUUCAGUUGCUCCGCCAGACAUUCGUAGAUGUGUUAGUUCUUCGUUCGAUGACGGCUUUGCGACGGGGCAGCUACAGAACUGCGCGGGAAGAUGCACUAUUGGCACAUUCGCAGUCGAAGUCUGCACAUGGUCGGGCGGAGGAAACAUUGAAUCUGGCACUUCGUUGUGAGAUGGCCUUGCAUGCUGGCGGACCGGGUGAUGAUGGCGAAGGGCGCCCUUUGACACCGGAAGCUGCUUGCGCAUUGAAGCUUGAUGUGACUGCUGGAUGUGCGAUGUCACUAAGCACCAUGCCCAGAAAGAAUCUCGACCUCGACGAUAUGGACUAA